AUGAAAUUUGUUCUCUCUCUUUUUAUCAGCCUUUUGGCCAACAUCGGAGCCGCUUUACCCACUUCUCCCGAUUCCAACGCUGCCACGCUAAACACUCGCGCCGCCGAUGAUAUUCCAUGCGAAAAUGGUGUAUGCGUUGCUUACAACCAAUGCCGAGGUACCAUUAAUGGCCAGCUUCAAACCUUUUUCGAUUUGGCCUGCAGCAAUUACGGCAAAGGCAAGUCGCAGUCCAAUGCCGGCAGUUCUAGCGGCGGCGGCGCUCCUGUAUCUGCGUCCCAAGAUGUUGAGCAUCCAGUCAAAACCCUUGUAUUAUCACUGGCGCAUUCCCCAGGAAGUCAUCCCUUGGCCAGAGCUGCCCCCGGGGGUGACUGGGCGCGCUUGAGGAAGUAG